AUGGCAUUUUCAAAACUAACUGGCGUUGGAUCCGAAUGCGGUCCUGACAAUAGUUUGAAUAGUCUGGCAAAGCAUUUUGGUCAAGAUAGAAGCUUGCAACAGGAGCGCUAUUUCCAGAAAGGAGAGGGAUCAAAGGCGUCUCCCAGUUUUAGAAGCCCUUAUUCACAAAGUCCUGCAAUAAGCAGCGACAAUUUGGCAAAUGAGUUCUUUCAAAAUGAGCAAAUUGACAGAACAAAUGUACCGAGCCCGUUUCAAAAGCCAUCUCCUAUGCAUCUGGAUAGUUUGCAGCAUUCUGCAGAAGAUUGGACCCGGGAAUUCACAUCAGGCAGUGCUCGCCUGUCGCAGCCUUCUUCCCCAAUGCCAAAUACACACGAGGAAUUCGAGCAGAUCUAUCAAAGACACAGCAGCAGAUCACCACCGAUUCAUUCAAAGUGGGCAGAUGACUUUUCCUACAUGCAGAGAUCAUCGACACCCUCCUCCGACGAAGAGCAAUUAGCAUUUCAGCGUGCCUUUGAGCAGGUAGGCGAAGGUACUCAACACCAUCGGGAUUGGGACAAGGAAUUUGCUGAUCAUGAGACAUGGGAGGUCACCAGCAACAAGCAAGCUAUACGACAGCAACCCAUGAGACCAAUACGCCCUAUACCAAGAUCAUCCUCCCAUAUGCUGGAUGUCAAAGAUUGGUCAGAGGAAUUUAGUAAAUACCAUGAUCUGACCGCUCAAGAGAUGAAAUCUAUUUCGAAAAGCCUAGAGAAUGAAGAUGAAUGGAUUCAACGCUACCAAAAGAGCAUUGACAGUAAACAAUCCGAACUAAAUACCGAGUGGGAAGGCUUUCAAAAGGAAUGGAAUCGACUUAAACCAGAUGGGAAACCCUAUGGAUACAGAGCAAUUCACCCUGAAUACGAAAAAUACAAUUACAUGACGGAUAAUCCCUAUUUGCAAUGUCAGGAUGCUAUUGACAGCGCCAUGCAUACUACAUUAGCGGAUGCAAUUAUGGCUUUAGAAGCAAAAGCUCAACUCAAUCCGGAGGAUGCGAAAACAUGGGAGCAACUUGGACUAAAGCAGCAAGAAAAUGAGCGCGAUGCAGCUGCUAUUACAGCAUUGGAGAAGGCAGUUUCUAUUGACGCCAAUUGCCUUGACGCAUGGUUGGCACUGGCUGUCAGUUAUACCAAUGAGCACUGCCGCAUGGAUGCCUACAAUUGUCUAGAACAGUGGAUCGCCAAUAGCCCCAAGUACAAGCACAUCUUGCAAGAGAAAUUGGGUCAAAACUACACGGACGAAGUCAAGAGACACAACUAUAUCACGCAGCUAUUUCUGGAAGCAGCACGCACAGCACCUGGCGAGGAGAUGGACGCAGAUGUUCAGGUUGGCUUGGGUGUCUUGUUCAACAUGUCUGAAGAGUAUGACAAGGCAGUGGAUUGCUUCAAGGCAGCUUUGAUCAGUAGACCUCACGAUUACCAGCUGUGGAAUAAAGUAGGCGCAACGCUGGCCAAUUCUCGCGAUAGCAUGGGUGCUGUGGAGAUGUAUUUCAACGCACUGCAAAUCAACCCAUCCUUUGUGCGUGCACGAUACAAUUUAGCCAUCAGUUGUAUGAAUAUGGGACAACAUCAGGAGGCGGCAGAACACUUGUUGACAGCAUUGGAUCUCCAACGAGCAGCAGCACUUUCAGCUGGAGAAGCAGCCAGAGCAUUGGAAACUGGAGCCCCUGCUGAUAUACCCAAUGGCACCAGUGAUGGCAUUUGGGACAGCCUACGAUUGCUGAUGUACAUGAUAAGCCGUGAAGAUCUUGCUGCUCAAUGCGAUUACCGUAAUUUAGAUGCUUUUCGCGGCCAAUUUGAUUUCUAG